CCUGCAAAUUCAGCACCUGAUACUGGCAGAACUGGUUGCACGUGUAAAGAAGGUUACUACAGAUCAUCUAAUCUGGCAGAUUGUGAAGUCAUGGAAAAAGCACUGAUCAACAUAACCAUGGUCAUCACCAGUGAAAGUUGUGCUGAUGGGAAAUACGACAUAUCUUCAUUACUGAAGAGACUCAAGGAAGUGAUGGAAGAGGCUUUUGCAUGGAGAUUUGCAGGUUUCAAAAGUGUGCAGUUGAAAAGUAGCAUCAGGUGUGAAAGUACAACUUUUUACCUUACACUCAUAAUCGAUUCCAAAGUAAAAGAGCAAGAUGUUAUAAUAGUGCUUCGUGAUGCUUCCAGAGAUGGGAAGCUUGGAGACUUCACUGUGAGUGCUGUAAAAAGGACAAGAUUGCAAAUUGACUUCGAAACUGGAACUAAUGAAGCAGACACAAUAACGGCACCCGGCAGUGCCACAGGGAUCACUGUUAGUGUAGUGGUUGGAUCAAUUGCCGCGCUGGCUGUUGCUGCUGGGAUAUUUGUCUUUUUCGUAUGGAAGUGGAGAAAGAACUCAAAUGAAACACGAAGAAGAGAGAGGACAGACAGAGAUACAAUUGAGGAAACAGGGGAUGUUGUUACUGGACUUGAGAUGGCGGAAGCUUCUCAAAGCCACCAGUAUAUGGCAUUGGAUGAGGGGAAUCGGUCACCGGCGAACUGUCCACAACCGAGCCAGUCUGUCACCGAAUACACCAAUGUUGAAUGUUGGGAGAUUCCUACAGAGCUUGUGACUCUAGAAAAGGUCGUUGGUGAAGGGGCUUUUGGUCAGGUUGUUAAGGCAACAGUCAUAGGUCUCCAGGGGAAACCAACGAAAACGCUUGUGGCUGUUAAGAUGUUGAAAGAUCACGCUUCUGAGUCGGACAGGAAGGACUUGUUGUCCGAACUUCGAUUGAUGAAGGAACUCGAUGCUCAUCCUCAUGUUAUUAAACUUCUGGGAUGUGUCACGAAAUCUGGGCCAUUGAUGGUGUUGAUUGAAUACGUACCCUAUGGAGAUCUACUGGGAUACCUCAGAAAGAGUCGUGGAUUAAAUGAUACUUACUUCGAAGACCCGGAUAUUAAACCACAAAGUAAUCUGACGUCAGAGCAGCUGAUGAAGUUUGCGUGGCAAGUUGCCGAUGGAAUGUCGUAUUUGUCAUCGAUACCAAUUAUCCAUCGAGACCUUGCAGCUCGUAAUGUGUUGGUUGGAAAAGGAGAAACGUGCAAAGUAACAGACUUUGGUAUGGCCAGAGACGUCAAAGAGGAGAGCAUUUAUCAACGGAAGUCUAAGGGACGUCUUCCCGUUAAAUGGACUGCCAUUGAGGCAUUGCUGUACGGAAAAUAUUCUACAAAGAGUGAUGUAUGGAGCUACGGAGUUCUCCUCUAUGAGAUCUUCACGAUUGGUGGUUCACCGUAUCCAGGGAAGGAUGCAAAAAAAAUGGCAAAGUUGCUAGAGAGGGGAUACAGAAUGCCUAAACCACAACAUGUGGAUGAGAAGUUGUAUGACAUAAUGACAAACUGUUGGAACGACGACCCUAACUUGAGACCAUCUUUUGAAAAUCUGAGGAAAGAACUCAAAGAAAUGGAAAACCGGCACAAGGGGCUGAUAAAUUUAAGCAAUUACGACGAUCGACUCUACGUUAAUGUUGACGAUCUUGCUGUGUAAGCGUAUGCAUUGUUAUGGAGCAAAGGAUUAAGUGAUAAGUCUUGCAGCCCUAGGAGAUCGUAUGCUAUUUUCUCUGUGUAUUUGAAGUUAACCUUUCAUCCUUUGUUAAUACACAACGAUAGUCUAACAGCGAAGGGAGGAACAGUAUAACUUUCCUUUAGUUUCAUGUGUAUCUUUUAGCAUUUUUGUCUUGAAAAGACACACGUUUUUUUAGAAAUUUAUUACAAGUGAUAUAAAUUAAAAUGAAUGUUUCAGACUAAAUAUUCAUUUUCGUGUACAGUGUAAAACUGUUGAGGAAUUUAUGAGAAUAAUAGUGUAUUUAUGACAUUUAUUUGACGGCUGUUCUGUGAGUUCCACUCUAAAUCAAAGGAUUGUUAAUUAAGCUAAUGAUUGGACAAAGUCUUUUUCUUUUGUUAUUUAAACAAUUGUUUUCGCUGAAAUUUUUUAUGUCAGGUUGAUACAUUUUCUGUGUUGUACAGCAUCGUAAAAAUCAAUAAAUAGUUUCUGUUGGUGACCACGA